AUGAAGUCCACAUCGGGAAAAACAAUUCGAUCUGAAACCGAGCCGGACUGGGACGACAUGUACUCGGAGAUCCUGAUCCGCCGCAAGGAGAAGGAUCUGGAGGCGCAGUCGGACACCCUGCAGUUGAACCUGGAGGCUCUGAAAGAACGCGAAAACGAGCUCAUCCACCAAAUCAACGACGUGGAAGAUCUGUUCCUCAGCAAGGAUCCGUAUCUCGCCGACGAGGUGGUCUCCCAAGCUACGUCCAAAGUAGAAAGGGAGAUGAAGGAGCUCCAGGAUAAGGACGAGGAGAUCAAGAACCUUAGCAGGAAGUGCUCGGAGCUCAGGCAGCGUAAGCAGGAACGCUUGGACGUGGUCCACUCCCUCACCAUAUACCAGCAGUUCAUGAAGAAACUGGUCAGCAUGACGUCCUUUGAAGACGAGGAAGCCCUGACCAACCACAUCGAGAGCCUGCACAGCGUGGAGGACCAGCUCUCUCAGCGGGAAGGCGAAGCCUACGAGCAGACCAACCAGCAGAGGAAAACCCAGUUGGCUCUUCAGAAGCAGUACGAGCUGGAGAGGCAAGAACUGGACAUGGAGCUCACGCACCUCAUGCCUGAGCUCUUCGAGUCCAAAAUCAAGGUGGAGUACUGGUUCAAGGAGUGGAAGCGCAUCGAGGAGACGGCCUCCAGGAAGCUCAACAUGCUGGCGCAGAUCAAGAUGUCCAUCCUCAGCCUCUACGAGAUGAUCGGCGGGAAGGUUUGCGACAAGCAAGGCGUGGCCUUGAACGAGACGGAGAAACAGCUGGAGAAGAUCCACGCUUUCAUGCUGGACCACUUUGAGAUCGUUAAAGACUACGAAGCUCAGUUGAACGUUGAGACCUAAAAAGUCGCCUCCUCCGAGGAAUUAAUCCUGAUUAAUCACCAUUUGUCUGGAAUAUGGCCCGUUUGUACUGCGUUGUAUUGAGUCAGAGCUUGGAGGCCUUUUGUCCUCCACAUG